UUGUUGGCGUAAUAACUUAGUGUGGGAGGGCGUUUUGUUCAAUAGUCGCCUUUUCACGUUUUUUUAAACGCUGACAACAAAAAAGGAAAAAAAAAAAAAAUAGAAACAGAAACAGAACGAGCUUCAUUUUCGCCGUCUUUCAUCGUUCGAUCGCGCUGCAGAACCCUAAUCGAUCCCGGUUUGAUCUUCCAGUUCCAUCCCUCCGAACUCAGAUCUAGGGUUUCUUUAUGCUCGUCGGCUGUGAUCUUGUAUGUCGAAGAGCGACCAGGCUGGCGGUGUCGAGAUCCGCGACGUUUGGGCAGGCAACAUCGAAGCAGAGUUCGAGAUCAUCCGCGAGAUCGUCGACGACUUCCCUUUCGUCGCCAUGGACACCGAGUUCCCCGGCGUCGCCAUCCGCCCCCUCGGAGACUUCAUGUGUCACGCGGACAACAACUACCAUGUCCUCCGCGCCAACGUCGACCUCCUCCACCUGAUCCAGCUAGGUCUCACCUUCACCAACGCCGCCGGGAUCCUCCCUUUCUCGGAAUCUGGGCGUCCCAUCGUGUGGCAGUUUAACUUCAUGGAGUUCGACGUCGACCGAGAUAUCAGCAACCCUGACUCCAUCGAUCUCCUUAAGAAGUCGGGCAUUGAUUUCGCCAUGAAUCGGGAGCAUGGGGUGGACGCCAAGCGCUUCGCGGAGCUCCUCAUGUCGUCGGGCGUCGUCCUCAACGAUUCUAUCAGCUGGGUGACCUUCCAUUGUGCCUACGAUUUCGGAUACCUCCUCAAGAUCCUGACUUGCAGAAGGUUGCCGGAGACAAGAAAGGAAUUCCUCCAACUCGUCAGGACGUUUUUCCCUGUUGUGUACGACAUUAAGCACCUCAUGAGGUUUUCAAACAGCUUCCAUGGGGGUCUUAACAAGCUCGCUGAGCAGUUGGAGAUCGAUAGGGUCGGGAUCUGCCAUCAGGCUGGUUCAGAUAGUUUGCUUACUGCUUGGACAUUCAGGAAACUGUUGGAGAAACACUUUGAUGCGCCGAUUGAGAGAUAUGCUGGAGUUAUGUAUGGACUGGAAACUGAAUGAGGGCAGAAUGCUCGGUGAUGUUAGUUCUUUGAAUUUGAAAAAGGAAAAAAUAAUAUCAAAGAAAAACUUUAUUUGAA